AUGUCUCGGUCCAGAUACGACCAAGGUGUAGAUAGCAAGAUCGUUAUCAUGGGCAAUUCUGGCGUUGGAAAGACGAGCUUGUUACACCGAUAUACCCAAAACAAGUUCGAUCCCAAGAAUACCACAUCGACCAGCGGGGCAUUUUUUGUGACGAAGAAGGUCUAUGUCAAGGGCCUCAAGGUCCGCUUACAACUCUGGGAUACUGCCGGCCAAGAAAGGUUUCGUAGUAUGGCUCCCAUGUAUUAUCGAGGCGCGAAUGCGGCUCUUGUUCUGUACGACAUCACCAAUGCUUCAACGUUUGAAGAUGUAAGGGGUUGGUUAGAAGAACUUAAGAAAAAUUGCCCGCCGGAGCUGAUAAUAUACAUUGUUGGAUCCAAGGCGGAUUUACACCGACAUAGACAGGUGUCGCCUGAUUUCGCAAGACUUUCACUACAUAACUGGUUUCCGCCUCCACGGCCAGCUACUCCCCCUCCUCCCCCUCCACAACCUUCUACUCUUUCCUACAUUAGACCGCGAUUCACUUCAUUUCCGGGCCUUCGCUCACCACCUGUCAGUCCAGCUGCUUCCUCACCGCCGAUGGACACGUUACCAUACCUGGAUCCUCCAUCCAGAGGCUCAGGGCUAAACCGCAGCAAGUCCGCUGCUCCGGCACGAUCGCGACAUAAUGCCCCUACCCCUCUGAUGCGCUCAAAUACCACCGGUGUGCAAUCGCAAUAUGGCUCUCAUUUUGGUUUUCAAAAUGGGGGAUAUAAUGAACUACACGACUCGUGUAGUAAUAGUAUUGAAGAGGAGGAGGAGGGCCAGCAGGAUGAGCAGGAAUGGGGUUUGACCAAAGAGAUGGAGCUCUUUGAAGUCUCCGCCAAGGAUGACCUCGGUAUAUAUACGUUAUUCGACCAUCUAAUUACUGCUAUCAUUCAGCGAAAGGAUGUGAUCGAAAAGGAGAAUGAGAUGAAGAAGCGGGACAGUGUUUUCCUGUCAUCUGUUGCCACACCAACAUGGUCUGCCCAAGCAGAGGAAGAGGAAGCACGCCAGAAAGCCAAGAAUUCUUCCACUGGGUGGAGCUGUUGUUGA